AUGGCUUCAGAGCUGGCCAGCAGGCUCGAAAGCAGCACAUUGAACGACAGCACAGAGAAUGAGAACUGGCGGUCAAAUCUCAAGGUCCCCGUCAAAGAUGGACGGGUACAAACGGAGGAUGUCACCAAGACGAAAGGCUUGGAGUUUGAGGAUUUCUACCUCAAGCGACCUCUAUUGAUGGGCAUAUUCGAGGCGGGGUAUGAGAAGCCUUCACCCAUCCAGGAGGAAGCCAUACCCGUCGCACUGACUGGUCGGGAUGUCUUGGCGCGAGCGAAGAACGGCACGGGCAAGACUGCAGCCUUUCUCAUACCAACCCUCGAGCGCAUCAACCCGAAGCUGGAGAAGACACAGGCAUUAAUUCUGGUGCCCACACGCGAGUUGGCAUUGCAGACAUCGCAGGUAUGCAAGACCCUCGGCAAGCACCUCGGCAUCAACGUCAUGGUCGCCACAGGCGGUGGAAACCUCAAGGACGACAUCAUGCGACUAAACGACACCGUCCACGUGAUCGUCGGCACCCCCGGCCGCAUCCUCGACCUCGCCUCAAAGGGCGUCGCCGACCUCUCAGAAGCCGGCACCUUCAUAAUGGACGAAGCGGACAAACUCCUCUCCCCGGAGUUCACCUCCCCCAUCGAACAACUCCUCCAAUUCCACCCCAAAGACCGCCAAAUCAUGCUCUUCUCCGCCACCUUCCCCGUCAUCGUCAAACACUUCAAAGACAAACACAUGUCGGACCCGCACGAGAUCAAUCUCAUGGACGAACUUACCCUGCGCGGGAUAACGCAAUACUACGCCUUCGUGGAAGAAAAACAAAAAGUCCACUGCCUCAACACCCUCUUCUCCCGCCUCCAAAUCAACCAAUCCAUCAUCUUCUGCAACAGCACCACGCGCGUCGAACUCCUCGCCAAGAAAAUCACCGAACUAGGCUACUCCUGCUUCUACUCCCACGCCAAAAUGCUCCAGCAACACCGCAACCGCGUCUUCCACGAAUUCCGCAACGGCGCCGUCCGCAACCUCGUCUGUUCCGACCUCCUGACCCGCGGCAUCGACAUCCAAGCCGUGAACGUGGUAAUCAACUUCGACUUCCCCAAGAACGCCGAAACAUAUCUCCAUCGGAUCGGUAGGUCUGGAAGGUUCGGCCAUUUGGGCCUGGCGAUUAAUCUGAUCAGUUGGGAGGAUCGGUUUAAUUUGUAUAGGAUUGAGCAGGAGUUGGGGACGCAGAUUGAGGCGAUCCCCGCCGCGAUCGAUAAGAGUCUUUAUGUUUAUGAUGCGCCGGAGAAUAUUCCACGGCCGGUUAAUACGGCGCCUCAGCAGCAGGGAUUGCAGGGGCAGGGACAGCAGCAGUUGUCUCAGCCGGGGCAGGGUCAGCAGCAGCAAGGGCAGAGGGGGGUGGGGGAGGGGAGGAGACAGCAGGGUAAUGGUGCGGAUUUGCAGAACCCGGCUAAUCGGACGGGGGGUUAUCGUGGUGGGAGGGGUGGUGGUGGUGGUGGUGGGCGAGGAGGUGGUGGAGGUGGUGGUGGGGGGUUCCGUGGUGGGCCGCCGCGCGAUCAUACGCUGCCGGGUCAGAAUGGGUUUCAGCAGAGACAAGGUGGUGGGGGCGGUUAUGGACAGGGGCAGCAGCAGCAGCAGCAGGGUCCGGCGGCGGCGCAAGCGCAGGCGCAGGCAUAA